AAAUCUAGCGAAGGAGACAACGAACAAGAAAAAUGGUAAACAAAACUCAAUUGCAAACUACGAACACUGAUCAAAGCCAUUGGAUCUUUUGAUGUGAACAUAUCGACCAGUUUCAGCGCUGAAAAAGAGCGGUGAAUGUGGUGAAUGUUUAACUAUUUUAGUGGGAUUUAGUGCUCAAAAUCGACCUCGUAAGUGUCGGAAAAGGUACUCUUCAAACUAGAACGUAACGGGUGGCUUAAAAUGAAUAGAAGAACAUUAAGCAGCCUGGCAUCAAAACCAGUCCAGUUGUUAUCUGUGCUAUUAUUAGUCGUGACAGUGGUUAAUGCGAUUAAGUUAACAGAAAAAUUCAAAUGGCGUGAAGUGAAGUUCGAGUGGCCAUCAGCGGAAGCUGAGCAGGAAGCGAUCAACGUUGGAAAGUACAUCGUAUCCCACAAUUUGCCCCUCGGAUUAGAGAGAUGGAAAGACAAACUGUUCAUUACGGUACCAAGGUGGAAAUCUGGUGUUGCGGCUUCAUUAAACUACGUCAAUAUUUCCGAUGAUAUAUCGCCGACAUUACGUGCCUAUCCCAGUUGGGAGGCUAACCAACUUCCUGAUACAAAGAGUGAAGAAAGCACGCCCAAAACAUUGGAUAACAACAACACUAUAAUUUCUACUUUUCGCAUACGGGCUGAUGAGUGUGACCGCUUGUGGGUAAUGGACACAGGCCUUGCAGAUAUCCUUGGUGAUGCGAAACAAUAUGCGCCGGCAUCUUUAGCUAUAUUUGAUUUAUACACCGACAAACUUAUAAGGAGACACUACAUCCCAGAAUCAUUGAUGAAAGAAGAUUCGUUCCUCGCAAAUGUGAUUAUCGACGUUGAGCGGGGUGAUUGCGACAACGCAUUUGCGUAUUUACCGGACUUGGGAGGUUUUCAAGUAAUCGUUUAUUCGUUCGCUGACGACAAAUCCUGGCGAGUGAAGCACAACUUCUUCCAUUUUGAUCCGUUAGCUGGUGAUUACAAUAUUGGUGGUAUCAACUUCCAAUGGACGGACGGAGUCUUCGGAAUGGCAGUCGGGAAACGAAGCCGUGAUGGAACGAAACCUAUUUAUUUCCACGCUUUUUCCAGCACCAAAGAGUUUAUGGUCCCAAAUCGUGUGCUACAGAAUGAAACCUAUUCACAAGAUCCGAAAUCCUAUUACGAUUACAAACUGGUUGGUGAUCGUGGACCGAAUUCCCAAUCAAAUGCUGAGUUUCAUGAUCCAGAAACUGGUGUUAUUUUUUACAACCAAGUGAAUAAAGAUGGGGUUGGUUGCUGGAACACCGCUAAACCAUAUAAUCCCGACACGCAAGGUCUAGUUGAUUCAGACAGUGAUGCGUUAGUGUUCCCAAAUGAUUUGAAGGUUGAUACCGAAGGGAACCUAUGGGUUUUGUCCGAUAGACUCCCUAUGUUUAUUUUCACAUCGCUGGACCCUGAUGCAUAUAACUAUAGAAUUUUAAUUGGCCAAACAAAAGAGAUUAUCAAGGGUACACCUUGCGAUACCGAGUGAAUAUAACGCAUUCUUAUCGUAUGAGUAUGUUUUAUCUGUUGUAAUCCGGUCACUAGAAAUGUAAUAAAAAGAUCGUGAACUUCUGAAAAGAAUCAAAUAUAUUGUUUACACAAAUUGA